GGAGAAAGAGGAAGGUGGUACGGGGACUGUGACGCAUCUCUCUCUCUUCUUCCUUUGCCUCCAAGGCCGUAUCGCUUCUAUAUAUACCUACCUUCUUCUCCCUCCAUCUUCUCCCAUUACUCUCUCUCCCGAGAAUUCGAUAGGCAAGGGAUCUAGGGUCGAGAUUUCCUGUGAUUGUCUCCCGAGCUCGGUCGUUGUUUCUUCUUCGGCGUUUUCUGUCCAGAUCUCAUCUGUUGAAUUUGAUCGCUGUUUGUUCCAACGGUGACUGUGGAUACGGGGUCUGGUUCUGGGUGCUUGGAAUCACAGAGGAUGAGCUCUCAAGUAAGGAGAGACCGCAGGGAAAGGCCUAGAUUUGGUCCUCAAGGUUCUCGUCAAACAUGGGUCCCAAGAGGCGCUUCUACUUCAGUGGUGGUAAAUGAGCCCUUGAUUGCUUCUAAUCCGGAUGGAAAUUCUUCAAGUUUCGAUGCCAAUUCCGCACCUUCUCCUGUUAAUCAGCCGAGGCGGAACAACAGUCCAGGUCUUAUACCCGAUAACCAUAAUACCGGGAAUACUGAGUUGGGUCCUCCUCUUGUUAACCGCCACCACCGCCAGAGGAGGAAUAAUGGUUCAAGACAAGGACCUCCGCCUGAUAAUCGCCAGAGAGUUGGUUCGAGGGGUCACUUUGCCCGACACGUGACUCAGGAGAGAGCUACUGAGAGGGGUGAUAACAUAGAUGUGGUCAGGUCAAAAGACCCAAACUUGCCUCAACUCGUGCAAGAAAUAGAGGAUAAACUAAUGAAGGGCGCUGUUGAAUGUAUGAUUUGUUAUGAUAUGGUUAGGCGGUCUGCAAACAUCUGGUCUUGUUCCAGCUGUUACUCGAUUUUCCAUCUGAACUGUAUCAAGAGAUGGGCACGAGCACCUACUUCUGUUGAUCUGGCAGCGGAGAAAGACCAGGGUUUUAACUGGAGAUGCCCAGGUUGCCAGUCUGUACAGUUGACAUCGUCAAAGGAGAUAAGCUAUCGGUGCUUUUGCGGGAAGAGGAAAGACCCGCCUGCUGAUCCAUACUUGACACCGCACUCUUGUGGAGAACCAUGUGGGAAGCUGCUGGAGAAGGAGUUUGCAGGGACUGAGACAAGCAAAGAGUAUCAUUGUCCUCAUGUUUGUGUUCUGCAAUGCCAUCCAGGCCCAUGCCCUCCUUGUAAGGCAUUUGCCCCGCCUCGGUAUUGUCCUUGUGGUAAGAAGAUAAUUACAACAAGGUGCUCGGAGCGGAGAUCGGUUUCGACAUGCGGGCAGCCCUGCGAUAAGCUUCUCGGUUGUGGGCGCCACCGAUGUGAAAGAACAUGUCAUGUUGGACCCUGUGAUCCUUGUCAGGUACUUGUCAAUGCUUCUUGUUUUUGCAAGAAAAAGGCCGAGGUUGUCAUCUGUGGAGACAUGAGCAUCAAGGGAGUGGUGAAGGCAGAAGAUGGCGUGUUCUCAUGCAGUUUGACCUGUGGAAGACUUCUUGGAUGUGGUAAUCAUAACUGCCGUGAGAUGUGCCAUCCUGGUCCCUGUGGGGACUGUGACUUGUUGCCCAGCAUGAUUAAGACAUGCUACUGCGGGAAAACAGGUCUGGAAGAGCAGAGAUGUAGUUGUCUGGAUCCGAUUCCUUCCUGUCCCAACAUUUGUGGGAAGCUUCUUCCUUGCGGACUACACAGUUGCGAUGAGGUGUGCCAUGCCGGUGAUUGCCCACGUUGUUUGAUCAAGGUCAACCAGAAGUGUCGAUGUGGAUCGACUUCUCGGACUGUGGAAUGCUACAAAACAACUUCAGAGGCAGAGAACUUUGUCUGUGAAAAACCAUGUGGUCGGAAGAAGAACUGUGGGAGGCAUAGGUGUAGCGAGCGUUGCUGCCCUCUCUCGAACCCGAAGAAUGACCCGACCCCUCGGGGUUGGGAUCCACACGUUUGUCAAAUUCCGUGUGGUAAGAAUCUAAGGUGUGGGCAACAUUCUUGUGAAUCUCUAUGUCACAGUGGCCACUGCCCUCCUUGCCUUGAGAUGAUUUUCACUGAUCUGACGUGCGCGUGUGGAAAAAUUUCGAUUCCUCCUCCAUUACCUUGCGGAACGCCUCCACCGAGCUGCCAGUUUCCAUGCUCGGUUCCUCAGCCUUGUGGCCAUGCAGCUUCUCAUGCCUGUCAUUUUGGAGAUUGCCCGCCUUGUUCAGUGCCCGUGGAGAAGAAGUGCAUCGGUGGUCAUGUGGUUCUCAGGAACAUACCUUGCGGGUUGAAGGACAUUCGAUGUACCAAACUCUGCGGGAAAACCAGACGAUGUGGCAUGCAUGCUUGUGCCAGAACUUGUCAUCCCGAGCCUUGUGACACUGGCGAUGAAACCGAAGCAGGUGUUCGUGUGUCCUGUGGGCAGACAUGCGGUGCCCCUAAAAGAGAUUGCAGGCACACUUGUGCAGCGCUCUGUCAUCCUUCUGCUCCUUGCCCGGAUCUGAGAUGUGAAUUUCCGGUCACGAUUACUUGUUCCUGUGGUCGUAUAACAUCUACUGUCCCGUGUGAUGCUGGAGGAAGAAGUGUGGAUGGUUUCAGUGCCGAUUCUCUCUAUGAAGCCUCUGUCUUGCAAAAGCUUCCUGUUCCACUUCAACCCGUUGAGACAAGUGGAAACCGAGUCCCAUUUGGACAGAGAAAACUCACAUGUGACGACGAGUGUGCUAAGCUGGACCGUAAGCGGGUUCUACAAGAUGCAUUUGAUAUCACUCCCCCGAAUUUGGAUGCUUUGCAUUUCGGCGAGAAUCCUGCCAUGACAGAGAUCAUUUCAGACCUUUACCGGCGUGACCCGAAGUGGGUACUGGCUGUGGAAGAACGGUGCAAGUUCUUGGUGCUUGGAAAGAGCCGAGGAAAUGCAAGUGCCCUGAAGCUUCACGUCUUUUGCCCGAUGCAGAAGGAUAAACGAGAUGCCAUCAGAUUGAUAGCCGAAAGAUGGAAACUUGCGGUUAACACUGCAGGGUGGGAGCCAAGACGGUUCACAGUUAUUCACGUCACACCAAAGUCGAAACCACCAUCAAGGAUCAUCGGAGUGAAGGGCUCUGUCUCUUUAGGCACUCUCCACCCGCCAGCUUUCGACCCAUUGGUGGAUAUGGACCCGAGGCUCGUGGUUUCGCUUCUUGAUCUGCCGAGGGAAGCAAACAUCAGUGGCUUGGUCUUGAGAUUUGGCGGUGAAUGCGAGCUUGUUUGGCUGAAUGACAAGAAUGCAGUAGCUGUGUUUCAUGACCCGGCCCGAGCAGCCACUGCGAUGAGAAGGUUGGACCAUGGUUCUGUAUACCAAGGAGCCAUGGCUGUUCAGAACGUCGGGCAAAGCUCCCAAGCCAGCCACGCGUGGGGGGGAAUCCAUGGCAGGGAAGGACAGAGAGGAGGAAACCCAUGGAAGAAAGCUCUGAUUCAUGACGAUUCAUGGGGACCCGAUGAUUCUCCCACCGUGUCAUCAGCUCGGGAGAUAUCGAAGGGCAACACUCCAAUGGUCGAGACCCUGAACCGUUGGAGCGUUCUGGAGUCGGGAAAGGACAACACUUCUGUAUCUGCUGGUAACUUGGACCACAAGGCAGAUGAAACCAUGGUCGGAGUCGGUGGAAGCAGCAGCUCGAAAGAAGUCGGGGACCUACACGUGGGUGGAUCCGUUGGAGAUGAAGACGUGGCGGAUGAUUGGGAGGAAGUUUGUGACUAAGUAAAAAGACGGUGGAGAUUUUUUUUAAUCUGUCUGGUUUUUCAUCUAUGGUAAUGGUCAAGGAAAUAUCCUUAUGGAGCAGACAGUUUUGUGGGUGUGGAUCAGAGAUUUGAAGACUUUGAUUCGUUUUUAAGGGUAAUUUCAUAUAAACUCUCUGUACGGAACAGAGAUAUUAUGUCGAAUCAUUUCUUGGGUUAUGUUCUACGAAGUGAAAAACGGCAGGUUGUUCGGAAGCAGAUAGCAGAAACGGUAUGCAUUUUAAGUCUGGGCAGAAUUUCCUGAGCCUAGCGAAGGCGGA